AUGGACCGAUACACUCAAUUCCCCGCCGUCAAUGAUGAUGGUGGUGAUGUUCACAUCCUACCCUGGCAGAUAGAUGCCCAACUCCCCUCCGAAAUAUUUGCUUUGUCAUGGGCAGUCUUGCUACGGGCAUUCACAACAGAUGAGAACCCGGUCUUUUUAUUGAAUGGUACGCCAGUCAAGGCAGAUCUAUCCACUCAGACGGUUCAGCCAGCAGAUCUGGCUGCUGUAUCAGACCUCUCUACCAAACACACAGCUGUAGUGUUGGGAGAUCCUCCGUUCAGUGAUGGACCAUCCCCGGCCUUGCAGUGGACCCUGGACCCCGCGACCCAGUCGGGAGCCUUGUGUGCGACCGGAGGCAUGGACGCCGCUUUCCUGUACCAACUGGGUAAUCAGCUGAAGCAGAUCGUACAAGAUCAGGCUGCUCAGAAGGGUAUGCAGGUGACACUGUCGGCCACCGAGCUUCCUAAACUAGCCAUUUCAAAUUCCUCACCUUCCACACUGCCAGGGACUCAACUUCUACACGAGCUUGCCCUGCGUGGAUUCAACGAUUCAAACAACGCCAUUGAAUUCCUCACAGCCGAUGGAAACAUUCGUUGCUUGUCAUACCGUGACUUGGAUCUGCUUUCCUCGGAGCUGGCGAGGCAAAUAGCUCGUGUUUUGACGACCUCAAAGAGCAUACAGAAGGUUGUGCCAGUACUUCUGCCCCAGUCUGUGGAACUGUACGUUUCAUGGCUGGCCAUUCUCAAGGCUGGCGCAGCUUUCUGCCCCUUGAACACCGAUGCGCCAACAGAUCGCAUUGAGUUUAUCCUGCAAGAUGUGGCCGCAUCCGUCGUGGUCACAAUUGAUGCUCUUGCAACAAGGAUACCGCUGAAAGAGCAUAUAUCUAUUCUUACCGUGGACGACCUCCAAGCCAACGCCGAUAUCACAGAACCAUGCUCAAAAAACAGCAUAUCCACUGAUCUGGCAUAUGUCAUGUACACAUCUGGCUCCACGGGCCGCCCCAAAGGUGUCGGGGUGUCUCAUCUUGCUGCCACCCAAUCACUCCUUGCUCACGAUGAUUUGAUACCCCCUUUCAAGCGCUUUUUACAAUUCGCAUCUCCCACCUUUGAUGUUUCCGUGUUUGAGGUCUUCUUUCCCAUGAUGCGAGGAUCAACUCUCAUCGGCUCCGAGAGAGAGAAUAUGCUUCUUGAUAUUUCCCAUGUGAUGACUACAAUGAGAGUCGAUGCCGCUGAGUUGACCCCAACGGUGGCAGGAGAGUUGCUGCGCACGCGAGCCGCAGCCCCAUCUCUCCAGGUGCUCCUCACAAUUGGCGAGAUGCUCACCAGGCAUGUGGUAGACGAGUUUGGCCAGUCUGAAGGCAGAGAUGGCAUUCUCCAUGGAAUGUACGGGCCUACUGAAGCGGCAAUUCACUGUACCGCUGCCACCCAUUUCCAGGCCAGGGAUCGUGUCAAUAUGAUUGGAAAGCCCUUUAAAACCGUUUCCGCAUACAUCAUGGCACUACCCUCCAACGACGAGCCAUCCUUCACGGAGCUGCGCCCCCUUUCAUUAGGCCAAAUUGGAGAGCUUGUGGUGGGCGGUCCUCAAUUAGCAAACGGGUAUAUCAACCGGCCCGAAGAAAAUGCCAAGGCUUUUAUAGACAGUCCAGUGUAUGGCCGACUCUAUCGCACGGGAGACAAAGCCCGCAUACUCCCUACCGGGGAGAUUGAGUGUCUUGGCCGAAUUUCCAGCGGCCAGGUGAAGCUGCGAGGCCAGCGGAUAGAGCUUGGCGAGAUCGAGCAUGUCAUCACCAGGGCCUCCGGUAUUCGCAGUGCUGUAACCAUAGUCAUCGACGGGAACCUGGUUGCAUUUGUUCUGGUUACCGACAAAGGAACGACAGACAGCAGCCUCCGAGACGUCUGUCGUCAGCUGUUACCUCGCUUCAUGAUUCCUGGGGAAUUUGUGCUCGUCGACCAAUUCCCCCAACUUCCCUCGGGCAAGAUCGAUCGUAAAACAUUAGAAGCCGAUUUUAUUCGCCACCGAAGCACCGCCCAGGCUUUUGACGACGAACUUUGCCGAGAUGGAAAAGAGGAGUCUAUUGUCUCGAGCGUGGCUGAUGUGCUAGGCCGACGAAUUUUGUCGACAGAAAGCCUGGCAGCAGCCGGCCUGGAUUCACUAGCAGCAAUCCGUCUAGCGUCCCACCUCUUGGAUGCAGGAAUCCGCCUGGGUGUAGCUACCCUGCUGGAGGCCGACUCAGUGGACAGGAUUUGGCAGCUUGCCACCAGCCUUGAAGCUGCAAGCCCGACCGAGGAUACGCAAGCAGCACUGCAAACAAUUCUCCAACUUGUUUCAAACGCAGGUGCAGCAAGAGCCCACUCGCUGGGUUUGAGCGAGCAAAUUUUGGACAUCGUACCAUGUAGCCAUAUCCAACAGGCUAUGAUCUUGGAGACUGUUCAAGACAACAAGGCAUACUGCAACUGGAUCGAGCUAGAAUUCGAGGCCUCUGUUAGUUUAACUUCGGUGAAAAAUGCAUUCGGUCAACUGAUGGCCCACAAUGAAAUUCUGCGCUCUGGAUUUGUGGAAAUCGGCCUCAAGGAUCACUCAUAUGGUCGCUUCACCUGGAAGACCCUUGACAAGCAGGUUUUCGUGCAACAGGAGUUUGACUAUGAUGUAGGCUUGAGUGCGGGUCACGAUAUCUUGAACCCCUUCCGAGUCCAGAUUAGGGAAGGGAAGGAUCAUAUCCGCGUGCUAGUGCAUAUCCAUCAUGCCCUCUACGAUGGAUGGUCUUGGCAACUCAUGUUGAAAGAUCUCAGAAGUAUCUUGUCUGGAGAGGAGCUCACUUCUAAGCUUCCAUACGAUGUUGUCGCAAACUUUUUCAUUGAGCACAAACUGGACAAAUCGGCAACAGAGUCCUCAACCUACUGGCGUGAUCAGCUACAGGGACUUUAUCCUGCAACUUUCCCUACUUUCUAUGGAAAUGCAGAUAUUGUACAUACUACCGACAAGGCUACUCGCGUGCUGGAUAUAUCUGUAUCAAAACUCAACGAAGUGUCCCAGCAUCUUCGCGUGAGCCGGCAAACCAUUUUCCAAGCCGCGUUUUGCUAUAUUCUCUCUUCCUACCUUGGAAUUGGUGAUGUUACCUUUGGAACAGUCUUUUCAGGCCGGACUCUGCCCUUAAAGGGCAUCGAGUCUGUUCUCGGGCCCUGUAUCAGAACUUUACCUACACGGAUGAACCUCGACAAAAUGCAAGACGUGUCGGAUCUACUCUUGGCCAUACAGAACAUGAACCGCAAGUCUCUCGAGCAUGGGAGUCUUCCUCUUCAGGAUAUCAAGAGGGCUUCUGGUAUCGGUUUGGAUCGCAGUCUCUUCGAUACGGCGCUCGUGUGGCAGGAAAGUAUUUGGUCAGAUGAUCAACAUGGCUCGGUGUUCCGGGAAGUUGAAGCAGGAGAGUUUUUAGAAUUUGCGCUUUUGUUGGAGUUUGAGCCACGAGAAGAAAACAUCUUUGCCCGUGCGACUUACCAAAAGUCGGUGCUACCAUUCGAGCAAGUUAUGAUACUCCUUGAGCAGAUUGAUUCUGUGGCCUCGAUCUUGAUUGACAAGAUUAAGCUUCCGAUCCAGGAGAUUCGAUCGUAUCUUCCCUCGUCAACGUUGUCUAUUCAACACGCAAUAUCACGCGAGCAAGUUUAUCCGCCAAGCUUGGGAUCCAGCGUCGAGAUGAUUGCCUCUACAGACCCGGACCGGGUAGCGGUUGAGUUGAUGCUCUGGAAGAUAGGGACCCCUGUUCCGUUAGUCGAAAGCAUGACCUACGGUCAACUAAACUCCCGAGCCAAUGGCUUUGCACACCUUUUGCUCCAUGUUGGAGUGACAAAAACUGAUCUUAUAGCCAUUCAUCUACCGAUGUCCAUUGACUUUUACGUUGCCGUGCUUGGAGUUGCUAAGGCUGGUGCUGGUCUCCUCCUACUUCCCCAGGCCUCUUCGCAGGUAAUUCAUUCUAUUCUCUCCACGACGAAAUCCAAAUUUUGCAUCGUCGAUCACUUGACGGAAAAUGAUCAUCAUCGCUUGGAUGCUUUGAAGUCCCUCCAGCUGAUUUACCUAUCUUAUUCACUGGAUGUAUAUCAUGAGUUCAAUAUUCCACAUACCAAUAAAGGGUCUGAUGUUGCCUAUGCUGAAGUGACGUUAAUUGAAAAUGACUUGACGGAAAACAUCGUCAUCACACGCCAAAACCUGCAGAGCAAUAUCGAUGCUCUCUCAGACUUGUAUCCAAUGCCAACUGGAUCGAAAAUUCUCUCAUGUCUUCAAGGAUCAGGUGCAUCAAUUUUCCAGAUAUUCUUCGCUUGGCAUGCCGGCGUGACAUUGUGCUCAGCUACAGACUUAAUCAUGAUGACUCGGAUCGAGCAAGCCUGUCAAGAUAUGAACAUAACGCACCUUCACUUGCCUCCCAUGCUCGCCUCCCGUAUUAAUCCACAAGCAGUUCCCAGUGUGCAAUAUCUUCUCUCUUCCGGUGAAGAAAUGACUCCCAAGCUCCAUCGCAAUUGGGUCGACAAAGGUCUUCAUCAAGCAUACAGCAACAAUGCAAUGGCUCAUGCCUGUACUCUUUGUCCCAACAUGCAAACAUCGACCUAUGUUCGGAACAUUGGUAGACCCUUGAAGAGCACAUCUGCGAUGAUUAUGGAAGGUGGACAUUCACUCAGUCUUCUUCCUCGCGGCGCCAUUGGAGAGUUAUGCUUCGGCGGAGAUCAAGUUGGGCGCUGUCUACCCGACUCCGAGCCGUCAGUGACUGGACGAUUUAUUGACCAUCCUCAAUUCGGUUGGAUCUAUAGAACGGGUGACUUCGGAAGACUGCUUCCUGACGGUACACUCAUUCUGUCUCGAAGUUCCGGCCUUGUACAGUCGUAUGCUCCGUCUAUUGAUCUUGAUAGGGUUGAUCGUGCUCUUAUGUCUUUGGAAAUGGCCCAAGAAUCAGUGAGCAUGAUUUUGGAUGAGCCAGCACUUCGCCAGCAGCGUUUGGCAGUAUUUUGGGUUCCUUCAACAAAAUGUUCGGAUUCUGUGCAAAUCGAGAAAGCUACAAAUGAUCUUUUCAAGGAGCUCAGCAAGAAACUCUCUUCUUCUAACCUUCCAUCCCUUCUUGUUCUCGUGGACGCGAUAGAUCUCACUGUGUCCUACAAGACCGAUCACUUUAUGUUGAGGCAACGGCUGGAACAACUGACAGCAAAGGAGCUUGCGAUAUUUUCUCCAAAGCUCAGUAACGAUAAUCAUGGUGAUAAUUUCACCGAGCUUGAGAAGGCCAUCUCUGCCGCACUAUCGGCAGUUACGGGCAGUGACCAAAACAACACCAGCAAGCACACGUCUUUCUACAGACUAGGUCUGGACUCUCUUUCUGCCAUUUCCUUCUCGCGGAAGCUGCAGGAGUCUGGAUGUGGAAAAAUUGCCGUGUCCACAAUCCUGCGCCAUAGCUCUAUUGCUCAACUUGCAGCUGUCAUUCCCCCCACGACCACCGGGCAUCAGCCCGAACAAGCUGUGGAGCCCACACCACCAACGAUGUUCGAUGAAAAUUUCACUCAUCGAGUAAAAGAUGAAUUUAAAGCUGCAGAAAUAAAUGUUCAGAGCAUUUAUCCUUGCACUCCACUCCAGGAGGCUAUGCUUGCAGCUGAUUCUGGUGGUAAUUCAGCUUAUUUCAACCACAUCCUGCUUCUUGUUCACACCGAUGCUAAGGCUAUGAAAACAGCAUGGGCUAAUAUUAUGCAAAGACAAGGCAUUCUCAGAACUUGUUUCACGCAAACUAAUGAUAAGCGUUUUGCAUAUGCUCAAGUUGUACUGGAUACAUCGGCCUUGCCAUGGUCCCAUAUUGAAACCUCCUCUUCUGAACUUGAGAAUGUCAUCAAGGAGUGCAAGUCCAAGUUCGAGGGUAUUUCUCCAGUCAACGGCCAGUUGCCCUACUCGCUGACUUUAAUGACCGAUUCGGCUGCACAGAAGACACAUCUUCUACUGUCUAUUCACCAUGCCUUGUAUGACGGAGAAGGUAUCGCCCAGUUAUUGCAGGAGCUGCAGCUGUUGCUUUCAAGCCAAGCAUUGCCACCAAGCCCCCCAUUCCGCAAAUUCAUCGAUUACAUGACUUCUGUCGACUAUGGCUCGUCGGACGCAUACUGGGACCAAUACUUGUCCGGUGUUUCACCGACCCUCCUUCCCACCCCCGAGCCCACAGUCAAUGCAGAUGAGUCGGCAUCACAGCAAAUUCAUACACCCCUAAAUGGUUCUUUUUCAUCCUUCAAACAACAAUGCAAAGACCUCUCCGUUACCCCCUUGAGUAUCUUCCACGCUGCAUGGGCCAGACUGCUCUCUCUCUACACCGAUUCCUCAGACGUCUGCUUCGGCAAUGUCUUCAGUUGUCGAACCAUUCCCUUGGAUGGCGCUGAUAAGAUAGUUGGGCCUUGCUUCAAUACACUCCCAAUUCGAAUCAAGUCCUCCUCGACUGCAACAAAUAGUGACAUCAUGAAAUUGUCCCAAAAGAGCAAUAACGACAUUUUACCUCACCAACUCAGCCCUCUCCGGCGUAUCCAACGGCGUGUUCUUGGUGAUGGCUCUCGCCUCUUCAACACGCUGGUCAUUUUCCAGAAUAGAAAUACUGAUCUGGAUCCCAAAUUCUGGGAACUUCUUCAGGACGAAGGAAACAUGGGAUUCCCCUUGAUUUGCGAGAUCAUCCCCGACGAGUCUGCCGACAACAUCCAGAUCUGCCUUCACUUCCAAGCAUCGUAUAUCUCGCAACCCGUGGCUGAGAACAUCACCCGGGACUUUGUGGUCCUUGUUAGACACAUCACCCAAUAUCCAUUUGCCCAGGCAUCCGAUCAGCGGCCAUUGGGGACAGACAUUCCUCGAGUCUUUGAACAGAAGGUGUCCUCAGCGCCAAACUCUACUCAAUUCCUGACUAAAUCUCGCCAAAAACGCCCAUGGUCCUAUCACGAGGAUAUAAUCCGCGACAUUCUUUGCAAAUUUUCAGAUGUCGACUGGGAUAAUGUGUUCCAGGACACAACGAUCUUCCAACUUGGCCUAGAUAGUAUCAACGCUGUUCAGGUAUCGGCGAAGCUGCGUGGAUUAGGGUAUAAGAUCUCAUCUGGCGAUAUUCUUGAGGCUGCUUCUAUUGAUCAAAUUGCUUCUCUUCUUACUUCCAGCGCGAAGGUUGUUGAAAUCGAGUUCAACUUUGGACUUUUCCAAACCCAUCAUUUGCAAUCUGUUUGCGAACAACUCGGGAUUUCAUCGCAAAUAAUUCAGUCUCUACGCCCUUGUACGCCAGUUCAAAAUGGAAUUCUGGCGAUGUUUACACAUUCCCACGGCGAAGUGUACUUCAAUCGAAUGGCCAUGAAGUUCCCGGCACCUUUGGAUAAGACGAUUUUGAAAGAAGCAUGGUCUACGGUCAUGGCUCAGCAUGAGAUGCUUCGAACAGGCUUUGUUCAAUUACACGAUCAGCAGAACCCUUUUGCUAUGGUAACUUACCAUGAAAAUAACGAACUACCAUGGUGCGACACCUCGACUUCCAUGGCAGACAAUUCUGGUGUUCAAGAAAAGCACGCUUUGGAAAAUCUCCAUCAGCCUCCAUGGAGAAUUGAAGUCGAGGCCGGUGACAACACCAGUAUCAUGCAUUUCUCUGCGCUGCACGCUAUUUACGAUGCCCAGUCUCUGGUUACCAUAUUUUCAGACGUUAGAGCAGCAUAUGAAGGAAAGGCUCUGGUCACGCCGGCACCAGUCAUCGAAACUCUCGGUCCUAUCCUUCUAGAAAGCAAGAGCCAGAGCGAAUCCGCAAAAUCCUUCUGGAAAGAACUGGCCCCAGAAGUGCAACCCUCCAAGUUCCCUGACUUACACCCCAUCCGCACAAACGAGCGAACAUUACUCACAACCUCCAUAUAUUGCGCACAGUCUCGCAAGGCUCUUGAAGAUGCCUGUCGAGAUAUAGGGGUGACACUGCAAGCAGCGGGGCAAGCCGCAUGGGCUCGCUUGCUCUCUGCAUACACGGGCGAGUCCAAUGUCACAUUUGGAACAGUGCUUUCGGGUAGGAACUUAUCCGCCGCCGCUCAAGAUGCGGUAUUCCCGUGUUUGGUCACAGUGCCGACGCCCCUGCGUAUUGAGGGUUCCAACCGACAGCUUUUGGAUUGUAUGUUGAAGCGAAACGCUAUGUUGGUGAAGAAUCAGUUCGCGCCUCUGUCGCAUAUUCAGCGAUGGCUAGGUAGCGAUGAGCCACUCUUCGACACGCUGUUUGUCUAUCAGAAGUUUACUUCGGACGUUGUUGGUACUGAUGGGUGGGAUAUUAUUGACGAGGAGACGAACAUUGAUUACCCCAUAUCUAUUGAGUUAAUUCCGCACUCGACAGAUCUUCAGAUCUCGCUGAGCUACCGGGGCGACCUUGUCCCCACGGAGCAAGCAAGGAUCCUUUUGAGUCAGUAUGACAAAUUCUUGCAGGACACUGUCUUCCGUCCAGAUGUCAAUUCUACCGAUCACCAGGCUGUGGGUAGUAGUUUGCUAUCUAUUACCCCUGCCAAAGAAGCACCAAUCCCCACCACGGUGUCUCUGCUGCAUCAAUUUGUCGAAGCAAACGCGCUCAAGAUUCCCGAGAAGAUUGCUUUCGAAUUUGCUUUCGGUGGCACUGCAGACAACCUCCAGAAGAAGACUUGGACUUACCGUGAGUUCAAUAAAUGUGGUAAUCGAAUUGCGCAUUUCCUACAGGCAAGGGGAGCCGCCCCUGGUGGAAUCGUGGGAAUAUGUUUUGACAAAUGCCCUGAAGCCUCCAUGGCGAUUCUGGGUAUCAUGAAAGCCGGAUGUGCAUAUCUGGCUAUUGACCCUGGUGCUCCUAUCUCUCGUAAGCAGUUCAUGUUAGAGGACUCCGGUACCAAGAUCUUACUUUGCAAUCAGUCCAAGAUGAUGGAACUGAAGGGCCUUCCGGCUAUUGACGUCCAAGCACUUGAUGAUCCUGGGCUGCUUGAUGGAGUAUCAACAGGGGAUGUCUUACUUUCCCGUUCGAUCCAGCCAGAUGAUACUUGUUAUUGUCUGUACACCUCCGGUACAACCGGAACACCGAAGGGCUGCGAGAUCACGCACGGUAAUGCUGUGCAGGCAAUGCUGGCAUUCCAAAGAUUGUUCGCAGGACACUGGGACGGAGAGUCUCGGUGGUUGCAAUUUGCAUCCUUCCAUUUCGAUGUCAGUGUUUUGGAGCAGUAUUGGAGCUGGAGUGUUGGAAUUUGCGUCACAUCCUGUCCGCGAGAUCUGCUGUUCGAAGAUUUGACUGGAACGAUACAAAACCUUCAAAUUACGCAUAUUGAUCUGACACCCAGUUUGGCAAGAUUAGUCCAUCCCGAUGAAGUCCCGUCCCUUUGUAGGGGAGUCUUCAUCACCGGCGGAGAGGCGUUGAAGCAAGAAAUUCUCGAUGCCUGGGGCAAGCACGGUGUUAUCUACAACGGAUACGGUCCUACUGAAGUUACAAUCGGAUGCACCAUGCUCCCACGGAUGUCUGCCCACGACAAAGCUUCAAACAUCGGGCCACAGUUCGAUAAUGUUGGGUCGUAUGUGUUCAAACCCGGUACGAUGACACCAGUCCUACGUGGCAGCAUAGGCGAACUCUGCGUGUCGGGACCUCUCGUUGGAAAGGGCUACCUCAACCGAGCAGAGCUGACCAAAGAACGAUUCCAAGAGCUCCCCGAAUUCGGCGAUCGCAUCUAUCGCACAGGCGAUCUUGUGAGAAUCUUGCAUGAUGGAAGCUUCCAGUUCCUUGGUCGUAUUGAUGAUCAAGUCAAGCUCCGCGGACAGCGACUUGAGAUUGGAGAAAUUAACGAGGUCAUCAAACAAGCUACGCCUGAAUUGAACGAAGUCGCCACCCUAGUCAUCACGCACCCCAAACAAUCGAAGGACCAACUUGUCUCCUUUUUCACGACUGUCACUACAAACAAGAAAUCUCGUGCCGUUGACGCUGGAGUCCGAUCUUCAGAAGAUGACCGCCCCCUGCUGUCGAAGAUUAAGGGCGCUUGCCGCGCUCAUCUUCCUGGGUAUAUGGUGCCUACACAUAUCAUCCCGAUGACGCGCUUCCCACUCUCUGCCAAUAACAAGGCUGACAUGAAAGUCUUGAAGAGUAUCUAUCAGGAGCUUUCUCUAGAAGAUAUUCAGAAAUUGGGCUCGAUGAGUGUUUGCCAGCCUACUGACAGUGUCCAAGAACAGAAAAUUAUAUCUGUUCUGGCGAGUUUUAUUGGGUCUUCUGAGGAGAACAUCUCGUCAUGGUCCAGUAUCUACGAGCUUGGUCUGGAUUCUAUAUCCGUUAUUGCUUUCUCGAAAAGUCUCCGGGAAGCUGGGUUUUCUCAGGCUCAGCCAUCGAUCAUUAUGAAGCAUCCUACAAUUUCCGGAAUGGGUUCGGCUCUACGGGUGUCUAUCUCAUCUUCCGUGUCCGUGGAAACGAUCCAACGAAACGCCAAGCAACGCAUCGAGGCUUUCUCCCACAAGAACUCCCACGCUAUCAUCGAGCAUAUUGGAGCCAUCGACGGUGAGAUUGAAAAGAUUGCGCCUUGCACUCCGCUCCAGGAAGGUAUCAUAUACCACUAUCUGUCUAGUAGCACGCCGCUGUACUGCUCAUCUUUCACCUUCGAGCUCGACCCUUCGGUCAACAUCGAGAAUUUGCGCACAGCUUGGGAUCAGGCACAGAGAGAUAUUCAAAUGCUGCGCGCCAGACUUUUGCCAACACCGGACGGUUACGCCCAAGUUAUCAUGAAGAAAGAUCCCCUUCCUUGGUUCCUUGUUACAGUCGACACCAAUGAAAAUAUUGAUGACUUGCGCAAGCAACGACAUGGCCACUGGGCCACCCAGCUUGACGGUCUUUCAACCAAUUUAUGGGAAGUCGGAGUCAUCUCUUCUCCUGAAACAUCGGUAAUGUGUCUGAACAUCUUCCAUGCUCUCUACGAUGGAAACAGCCUGGUCCUGCUACUCGAAUCGGUUGCCCAAAAUUAUCUCGGCCAGAGCAAGGGUUUGCAGUCAGUCCCGGAGUUCCUUGAUGUGUUGCACUUGGGUCCCCUUUGUAAAGACCCUGCUGCAGAGGUAUUCUGGAAAGAACAUCUUUCUGGCUGCCGUGAUCAAGCUUUCGCCGAUAACGGCCAAGUGGACAGCGCGCCAAUUUUGCUCAAAACUCAAAUGAAUGCCACAGAUCAGGUCGACCAUCUUCGCCGGUCUCUCAAUAUGACGGAGCAAGCUGUUCUCCAUGCCUGCUGGCUUCUCACUCUCCAGCAGCAAUACUCAUUCGUGCCACCACUUGGUAUCAUUGCUUCGGGCAGGACAAUUGAUGUACCAGGCAUGGCCGACGUUCUUGGACCGCUGUUCAACACGAUCCCCAGCAACGUCCAGCUGCAUGGUUUGGAGUUUUGGUCUGAUGUCGCUCAAUGCUGCCAUGACUACCACGUGUCUACCAUUCCUUUUCAAUACACUCCCUUGCGGGACAUUGUGAAAUGGCUCGGAAAGAACCCCGAUGAGCGACUCUUCAAUUCUUUGUUCGUAUUCCAGAGGGAAGAUGAUAAGAUUGAAUCCCCCACAAAAAGUCUUUGGCGUACACUCGACUCAGAGGCCCAGCAUGAAUACCCUCUGGCCUUUGAAAUUGUGCGCAAUAGCAAUCACACUCUAACAGCCACUAUUGCCGCACAGAGCCAUGCGGUAUCAUCAGAGGACGCUCAGCAGAUGUUGUAUAAGUUUGAGCGAAUCCUUUAUGAGUUUGCGCAAGACCCCAACAAAGAGCUGCCCAAGCUAAACGGGGUGUCACCCACACAAGUCGUGGCGAACGGUGAAGUGAAUGGCCAUCAUGAGCAUUCGAGAACAUCAGAACAUACCAAUGGUGAACACACCAAUGGCUCUUUGUUCGGAUGGACUUACCAGGCUUGCACAAUCCGUGACGUGAUUGAAACCCUUGCGGGAGUAGAGCCACAAUCCAUCAGCGAGAACACAUCAAUCUUUGAAGUUGGACUUGAUAGCAUCGACGCCAUCAAAAUAUCCUCGCGUUUGAGCAAAGCCGGCAUCAAACUUCCCGUGAGCUCCAUUAUGCGCCAUCGUACAGUGAAAGCCAUGAGCGAGCAACUCUCAAUGAUAAAUGGUCAUAUCAAAGAUGGGACAUUACUACUGCUCAAUCAACUAGAGAAAUCGUUGGCCAAUUUCCUCGGGGCUGAAGCUCUUGUUCCCCCGAGCGCAACUCGAAUCCUACCAGCUACACCCAUUCAAGAAGCUAUGGUGGCAGAAAUGUCUGCCUCUGGGUACAAGCAUUAUUAUAACCACGAAAUCCUCGAGCUGGAGCCAGAUGUGGACAUCGAAAAGAUGGAGCGGGCAUGGAGAGCUGUCGUUAGAGCCCACCCUAUCCUCCGUACUUCAUUCGUUGAAGUCUGGGAUCCGCAAAUUCCUGUUUCAUACGCCCAAAUAGUUCAUGGCGAGGAUCAAAUCGACCUCGAGACUGUCCAUCUGCACGGAGUAUCCGUGGAAUCCAUUAUAGAGACUCAGCGUUCAAAAGCCCGCAAUGAACAGAUAAGCCGCCCUCUGCUCUCUAUCACCAUUGCGGUGGAUGGAGAUAAGCGGUACCUUGUUUUGUCAAUUGCGCAUGCUCUCUAUGAUGGCUGGUCAAUCAAUCUGCUCCACGAAGAUGUUGCCAAAUCCUAUGCUGGUGCAAAAUGUUCCCGCCCGCCAGCCGAUGACAUUCUUGAGCAAAUCAUUGCCUCCUCUGGCGAUGAAGCAUUCAGGUUCUGGCGAGCAGCGUUAUCAAACUUCACCCCGGUGUUAUUCUCACCUAUGGAGCACGCUGGCAAUAACCCGGCGGUCGUUCACCGAGCAGAACAAUCGUUAUCCGUUCCGCUGUUUAAGGCAGAGACGUUCUGCAAACGCCAUGGUAUUACUAUCCAGGCACUUCUUGUCGGCUGCUGGUCUCUUGUCCUUGCUACGCAUGCCAAGAAUCUAGAUGUGGCCUUUGGACUUGUCCUUUCUGGUCGGAACGUGGCUGGCUCUGAGCAUGUGAUGUUCCCGACCAUGAACACUGUCGCUAUGCGAGUUAUUCUUCAUGGGACGCGCGUAGAAUUGGUGAAGUGUGUGCAGGAGGCUCUCCUGGCUAUGUCGGAGCAUCAGCAUUUCCCGCUUCGGCGCGCCAGACCAGAUACGGGAUCGCGGGCGUUGUUUGAUACGCUUUUCAUGUAUCAGAAGAGACCGGUGGAAAAUAUCCAGACUGGGCCUGGGCAGGUUUUGUAUAAAUCUAACGGUGGAGCAGCUGAUGUUGAAUACCCUGUAUGCGCCGAAGUUGAAGGUGUCGGGAAGGAUCUGGUUGGGCGGGUUGCGUGUCGUGGAAAUGUUGUUGGGGAUCAAGAUACGCUUGCAUUGUUGGUGCAGAUGGGCGAUAUCCUUUCGUCUAUCAUUGAUGGCCCAUCUGAACAAACUGUCGAAUUUACCAACGAAGGAGUGAAGAUUUGCGGAAGCGCGGCUUUCCAGUAUGAGUCUGGACAAGAUAUCGAGACUGAUUCGGUGCCUCGGACACUCAAUCAAGCAGUAUGGCUGCCCAUCGAGUCAAAGAUCCGCAAGGUUCUUUCCAUUGCAUCCGGGGUGUCUGAAAACUCUAUUGACAAGGGCUCCACGAUUUUCGAGCUUGGUCUAGACAGCAUCAGCGCCAUCAAGGUGGCUGCACUCCUGAAGAAACAGUCCGUCAAGCUCGCGGUCAGUGACAUGAUUCGGGCUGGUACCAUCGAAAACAUGGCCAAAGCAGCCAACAGCAACCAGACGGAGUUCUCUGUUACAAAUAUGUCGAGCAUUCUCCGCGAGUCUCUCGAUGGUAUCGAUGUGGCAGAACUACUACAGUCGCACGGUAUUGAUUUGCAACGGGUGCGAAAGGUGUUCCCCGCAACUGCAGGGCAGACUUAUUUCCUCUCAAUGCACACCCUGAAUCCCGAGAUAUUUUAUCCGGAGUUUUACUAUGUGGCAUCACGACAAUUGAGCCCUGAGGUACUCGAUCGGGCCUGGGCUCGGGUCAUAGACCAAACCCCAAUGCUUCGAACGACAUUCAUUCCCACUACCGACCAUCGGCUAUUGCCCUAUAUGCAGAUUGAGUUUGAGGCUGUGCACACUCCUGUGAUCUGGCAUUCCAAGUUUGAUCCGCAUCUUGUUUCAAAAGGCCUCAAGCAAGAAUUUGAGGAAGUGCCAGUCGCACUACAUGCCUGUCAAACGAACAAGGGGACGGCGCUUAUUCUGCAAAUUCACCAUGCACUGUACGAUGCCGUUAGUUUACCCCAUAUCCUCGACAGGCUUGUUACACACUGCAGUCAAGAGGAAGUUUCCAAGCCAAACCCCAACCUUGAUCUCUCACAGCUCGUGGCAUUCCAGCACGUUCAUUCGCCCGUGGAUGCCCGGCGGCAAUUCUGGCAAAAGUAUCUAGGCCAGACCCCAGCAGAGGUAAAACGCGGGGAUGGCUUCGGCACUGUACAACAUCACUACCGGCCAGGUCUGGUUUCAAAUAUGGCCAGUGUCGAAAAGGUUGCUAAGCGCCAGGGCCUUAGCCUUCAGACCGUCUUUUUAGCAGUCUAUGCUCGAGUACAUUUGCAGGAAUUCGGUGCAGCUGAAACUGUAGAUAAUGCAGGGUCUCACAGGCGGUUAACUGUUGGACUGUACCUUGCCAAUCGAUCCCAUUCCAUAGAGGGUCUAGCCGAAUCUGUGAUUCCCACUGUUAACAUCGUUCCACUACGACUAGAUGACAAACUCAGCGAUUCCAACGUCACCCUUCUGGACGCCGCCCGCAGGAUCCAAACUGAAAUCAACGAGAUUAGCCGACCGGAAUACUCGGGUGUUUCUCUCCUAGAAAUUGCCGAAUGGACGGGGGCCCGAAUCGACACUUGCGUGAAUUUCCUGCGACUUCCUGAGCAAGAAUUGGCACCCAGCAACGGUGGCCCAGAAAAGUUUUCUCUCACAGCAAUCCAACGCGAGGAGUUGGAAGAUCUUAGCGGGGCAGUUUCAGAAACCCCAAAUCGGAUUAAUGGCAAUGGUGUAGCGCCACCGGGUGCAGCCGAGAUGAGCCCGGACCUCAAACCAAACGCCUCAGCGGUUACUCACAUCUUUCAGCCUACGAUCGAUGUGGAAGCCGCCAUCCGCAAUGGUCGGUUAGACUUUGGGCUCUUCGCACCGGAAUCCCGUCUUGACCGAGAUACAGCGGAGACUGUGAUCGGCGCUAUGCGACGGGAGAUGUCUGCAUUAGUGACAGGCUUCGAAUCGAUAUAG